GCUAUUUUGCAGGCUUGUCAUCAAGGCUUGGGGGUGCUCAAGCCCCCAAAGCGCCCCACUGGAUCCGCCACGGAUUGACAGAAGUUUUAGCAUGCGCGCUGUACACGCUAGGAUUUUACCGCUAGAUCACGUGAUCGUUUUUAGAUCCGAAUGUAGCCUCGAUUCAAGGCGGAUUUGGAAUCGAGGCUAUAAUGAAUGUUGAUCGUGAUCUAAAUGGCUACAAGAUAUGUGAAUCUAGACGCUUUUGUUGUCCAGGUAGAAGGAUUAGAUCGGGAUAAGGACAAAGCAGGCUCGGGGGCUUAUGGCUGUGUUUUUAGAGUGACGGUUGGUGGAAAGAACUGUGUAGCAAAGAAGAUUCACAACAUUUUGCUCAAAGAGCGAUGUUUUCAACAAAAAGAGAACAUUUUGACAAAAUUUCGCAAUGAAUGUCACAUUCUGAGCGGUUUGAAUCAUCCCAAUGUGGUCACUUUUGUUGGAGUCCAUUACGGCCGUGAUAAGAACGACAUCAGUUUGAUAAUGGAGAGGCUUUAUUCAGAUUUGGCCGAUUUUGUUGAAAAGAAUCCAGACACUGACCUUGCCAUUAAAAUCCACAUUUUGUACGAUGUAUCCAAGGGCCUUCACUACCUCCACUCUCAGACCCUUCCUCUCAUCCACCGUGACCUCACUGCUUCCAAUGUACUGCUUACUGAGGACCUCACAGCCAAGAUCGGAGACCUUGGCGUGUCUAAGUACAUGGAUCCUUCUGCUGCAACAGCAGGCUUGACAACUAAUCCUGGUAAUGCCUGCUAUAUGCCUCCUGAGUGUCGAGUGGAGGAUCCUAACUACACGACCAAGCUGGACAUAUUUUCCUUCGGCAUUCUAAUUAUUCACACUGUCAUCGGCAAUGUUCCUAACGCUUUCGACUUACCAGGGAUAUCUUCAUUUUUCUAUUACCUACUAGGAAAUUUGGAGCUAAAACGUCGACAAAAAGCCUUGCAGGAGAAGAUGGGAGAGAAACACUGUCUCUAUCAGCUUGCUGGUCAAUGUCUUCGUGAUCAGCCCGAACGGAGGCCAGUGGCUGAGGAAGUGAGUAAAUCACUCAGAAUGUUGUGUAUCAAGAACCCCAGGAUGUCGUUCAUGGAAGCUUGCAGGGUGGGCAAUGUAGGUGUGGCUCAGUUGGCACUAGAAGGAGGGGUAAAUCCAAACCAGCUAGAUGAGAAUGGGUGGACGGCAUUACACAUAGCCAGUUUAAAUGGUCACUGUGAUAUUGUCAGAAUGCUGUUAGAGGCCAAUGCUUACCUCAUCAAUAUCAAGAUUAACGACAAAAAAACAGCUCUUCAUCUAGCCAGUGACAAUGGACAUGAUGAGGUGGUGAGGGUUCUCCUAGCAGCCAAGGCUUCAGUCAACACUCAAGACAAGAAUGGGUGGACAGCAUUGCACGUAGCCAGUCGGAGGGGUCACUUUGAAGUUGUCAUAAGGUUGUUGGAGGCCAAGGCUGAUAUCAACAUUAAGACUGGUAACAAGUGGACAGCUCUUCAUCUAGCCAGUGACAAUGGACAUGAUGAGGUGGUGGGAGUCCUUUUAGCAGCCGAGGCUACAGUCAACACUUGGGACAAGUUAGGAAAGUCCCCUCUCUGGUCAGCCAUUUUCAAAGGUCACCAGAAGUGUGUGUUGCUCCUAAUCGAUGCUGGAGCCAAUGUUAAUGUGCAACAAGCGGAUGGAACCACUGCACUGUAUAUAGCUGCUCAGAAUGGUGACUUUAGAGAAGUUGCACUGUUGAUUGCGGCUAAGGCUCAGGUUGAUAUUCAAAAGGAGAAUGGGUGGACAGCAUUGCACGCAGCCAGUCAGAAUGGUCACUUUGAAGUUGUUAUAAUGUUGUUGGAGGCCAAGGCUGACGUCAAUAUUAAGACUGAUGGCAACGAGACAGCUCUGCAUCUAGCCUGUGAAAAUGGACAUGAUGAGGUGGUGAGGACCCUCCUAGCAGCCAAGGCUACAUUCAACACUCUGAACAAGUUGGAAAAAUCCCCUCUCUGGUCAGCCAUUUCCAAAGGUCAUCAGAAAUGUGUGCUGCUCCUAGUCAAUGCUGGAGCCAAUGUUGAUGUGCAACAAAAGGAUGGAGCCACUGCGCUGUAUGUUGCUGCUCAGAGUGGUCACUUGAGGACAGUAGGAUUGUUGAUUGCGGCUAAGGCUCUGAUUGACUUUGCUCAUACUGCUAAUGGGUGGACAGCAUUGCAUGUAGCCAGUCGGAAUGGUCACUUUAAAGUUGUCAUAAGGUUGUUGGAGGCCAAGGCUGACGUCAACAUGAAGAAGAACAACGAGACAGCUCUGUAUCUAGCCAGUGACAAUGGACAUGAUAAGGUGGUGAGGGUCCUCCUAGCAGCCAAGGCUACAUUCAACACUCAGGACCAGAUACAGAUACAGAUACAGUUAGGAAAGUCCCCUCUUUGGUCAGCCAUUUUCAAAGGUCACCAGAAAUGUGUGCUGCUCCUAAUUGAUGCUGGAGCCAAUGUUGAUGUGCAACAAAAGGAUGGAGCCACUGCGCUGUAUUUUGCUGCUCAGAAUGGUGACUUAAAGAUGGUUGGAUCGUUGAUUGCGGCAAAGGCUCUGAUUGACUUUGCUCAUACUGCUAAUGGGUGGACAGCAUUGCAUGUAGCCAGUCAGAAUGGUCACUUUGAAGUUGUCGUAAUGUUGUUGAAGGCCAAGGCUGGCGUCAACAUUAAGACUAACGACAAUGAGACAGCUCUGUAUCUAGCCAGUGACAAUGGACAUGGUGAGGUGGUUAGGGUCCUCCUAUCAGCCAAGGCUACAUUCAACACUCAAGACAAGAUACAGUUGGGAAAGUCCCCUCUCUGGUCAGCCAUUUCCAAAGGUCAUCAGAAGUGUGUGCUGCUCCUAGUCAAUGCUGGAGCCAAUGUUGAUGUGCAACAAAAGGAUGGAGCCACUGCGCUGUAUCAUUCUGCUCAGAAUGGUCACUUAAAGAUGGUUGCAUCAUUGAUUGCGGCUAAGGCUCUAAUUGACUUUCCUCAUUCUGCUAAUGGGUGGACAGCAUUGCAUGUAGCCAGUCGGAAUGGUCACUUUGAAGUUGUUAUAAUGUUGUUGAAGGCCAAGGCUGGCGUCAACAUUAAGACUAACGACAAUGAGACAGCUCUGUAUCUAGCCAGUGACAAUGGACAUGAUGGGGUGGUGAGGGUCCUCCUAGCAGCUAGGGCUACAUUUAACACCCAGGACAAGAUACAGUUUGGAAACUCCCCUCUUUGGUCAGCCAUUUUGAAAGGUCACCAGAAAUGUAUGCUGCUCCUAGUCAAUGCUGGAGCCAAUGUUGAUGUGCAACAAAAUGGUGGAGCCACUGCGCUGUAUCUUGCUGCUCAGAAUGGUUACUUGAGGACAGUAGAAUUGUUGAUUGCUGCUAAAGCUCUGAUUGACUUCGCUCAUACUGCUAAUGGGUGGACAGCAUUGCAUGUAGCCAGUCAGAAUGGUCACUUUGAUGUUAUCAUGCUGUUGUUGGAGGCCAAUGCUGACGUCAACAUUAAGACUAAUAACAACCUGACAGCUCUCCACAUAGCCAGUAACAAUGGACAUGAUGGGGUAGUAAGGGUCCUCAUAGCAGCGAAGGCUACCGUCAAAACUCUGGACAAUUUUGGAAACUCCCCUGUCUGGUCAGCCAUUUUCAAAGGUCACCAGAAAUGUAUGCUGCUCCUAGUCAAUGCUGGAGCCAAUGUUGAUGCGCAACAAAAGAAUGGGUGCACAGCAUUGCAUGUAGCCAGUCAGAGUGGUCAGUUUGAAGUUGUCACGAUGUUGUUGAAGGCCAAGGCUGGCGUCAACAUCAUGAAUAAUGACAAAAAAACAGCUCUUCAUCUAGCCAGUGCCAAUGGAUAUGAUGAGGUAGUGAGGGUCCUCUUAGCAGCCGAAGCUAGAGUCAACACUCAAGACAAGUGGAAACAGUCUCCUGUCUUUUUAGCCAGUUUCAAAGGCCACCACAAAUGUGUUGACCUCUUAAUCAAUGCUGGAGCCAAUGUUGAUCUGCAAAAAGCUAAUGGGUGCACAGCAUUGCAUGUAGCCAGUCAGAGUGGUCGGUUUGAAGUUGUCAUGAUGUUGUUGAAGGCCAAGGCUGGCGUCAACAUCAUGAAUAAUGACAAAAAAACAGCUCUUCAUCUAGCCAGUGCCAAUGGAUAUGAUGAGAUAGUGAGGGUCCUCUUAGCAGCCAAAGCUAGAGUCAACACUCAAGACAAGUGGAAACAGUCUCCUGUCUUUUUAGCCAGUUUCAAAGGUCACCACAAAUGUGUUGACCUCUUAAUCAAUGCUGGAGCCAAUGUUGAUCUGCAAAAAGCUGACGGAGCCACUGCGCUGUAUGCAGCUGCUCAGAAUGAUCACUUGAGUGUAGUUGAAUUGUUGACGGCAGCUAAGGCUCAGAUUAAGAUUCAACAAAAGGAUGGAUGGACAGCAUUACAUAAAGCGAGUGAGAAGGGCCACAGUCGAGUUGUGAAACUGCUAAUUGCAGCUAAGGCUCAGGUUGACAUUAAAGAUAAGGAUGGGUGGACAUCAUUACACAUAGCUAGUCAGAAUGGUCACUUCAAAGUUGUCAUGAUGUUGUUGGAGGUCAACGCUGACGUCAGUAUUAAGACGAAUGAUGGCUAUACUGCUAAUGAUGUGGCUCUUUGGAAGAAUCACACUAAAAUCAGUAAAUUUCUGUAUAAUUAUAUAUAUACGUAUACAGUGACUCCAUAAUUAUAUAUCAAUUUUAUUUUGUAUUCUCACUCUAAAUUACUGAAAUGUAGAACGUAUACAGUGACUCCAUAAUUAUAUAGAUCAAUUUUAUUUUGUAUUCUCACUCUAAAUUAUUUUAUUGUUACUGAAAUGA